AUGGCCUCUUCAAAGUCACAGCAGUUCUUCCAUACCUCGGGCGCAACUGACGCGGUCUGGGUCCAUCAAGAUCCUGUGUCCAACAGACCUUUGUUCACAAAACUGAGCCAGGAUAUCGAAACCGAUGUGUGUGUUAUCGGUGGCGGUAUAGGAGGAAUAUCCACCGCAUACGAACUCGUAAGCCGAGGCCGCAAAGUCGUCCUCCUCGAAGCCCGCCAGGUUCUAUCCGGAGAAACCGGUCGCACCAGCGGACAUUUGACCAACGACUUGGAUGAUGGCUAUAUCGAGAUUGCAAAGAAACAUGGUGAUGCAGGUGCCAAGGCUGCCGCAGAAAGUCACGCUUGGGGACGAGAUCGUAUUGGCGAAAUUUCAAACAUGCUUGGCAUUGACUGCGAAUAUCGCAAGUUGCCGGCAUACGAAGUCUCUCAGUACUCUACUCAAGAGAAAGAGCACGAAGAUGAGAUGAAAGAAUUGAGAAAGGAAGAGGCAGCGCAAAGAAAGUUUGGUAUCGAUUCUAGAUUUGAUGAAACACUGACGAUUCGCGGAUGGGAUGGAGCCGUCAACCAGCGAGGAGGACUCAUAAUCAAAGACCAAGCCACUUUUCACCCAACAAAGUAUCUCAACGGAGUCCUCAAGUGGCUCAAAUCACAGCCUGACUUCCACUGUUUCGACCAAACACGAGUCAUGUCGGUCGAAGAAAAGGGUAUCGAGAUUUUGGGAAUCGGCAACAAGUCCGUCAUUGUACAGACUUCAGAUGGCAAUUCGGUCAGGUGCAACGACGCCGUCGAAGCCACUUGUGUUCCUCUGCAGAAAUUGAGUGUCAUCGCACAGAUGGAGUUCAUGCGAACGUACUGUAUCGCAGCUAGAGUACCUAAGGGUUCGAUCGAGGACUGUCUCCUUUAUGACCAGGCUGACGAGUACAAAUACAUUCGCUUGACAGCCUGCGACGACCAACACGAUUAUAUCGUCGUUGGAGGCUGUGAUCACAAGGUUGGCCAGGAAGACACCACUACUGAGUUCCAAGAGCUGGAGACGUGGACUCGCGAGCGUUUCUCGCAGGUUGGCUCUGUUGAUUAUCGUUGGAGUGGGCAGAUACUUGAGCCAGUGGACUUUAUGCAGUUUGUUGGCAAGAACCAGGGCAACGAACACAUCUACAUCAUCACGGGUGAUUCCGGCGACGGUUUGACAGCUGGAGUGUUGGCUGGUAGACUUAUUGCAGAUGAGAUUGACGGAGUUGAGAAUCCAUGGGCCGAGGUUUACUCUCCCAAGCGCAUUGCUUCUGUGUUAAAGUCACUGCCCAGCAUGAUAUCGCACGACUUGCAGAUCAAUGCGCAGUACAAGAGGUUUUUGGAAUCUGACCUUGCCGAUAUUGAGGACCUGGGUCGCGGGAUGGGUGGUGUUUUGAACAAUGAACAUAUCCUAUUGGGUAUUUCGGACUUUGAAUCCUAUUUUUCUGCUCCAACUGUCGUAUCCCGUAUUGGAACCUGGACAUGGCAAAUAUACGCGGUUCCUGAUUGGCGGUCACGGUCUCUUUUGACUCUCACUCUGGCCACGGCCACUUCGGCUUUCGUCCUCCCAGAUUCCCUCAACAUUUUCAACGAUUUCAAAGAUGAUCUCAAGGAAACUCUAGAGGACAUUCCAAAACGCCUCCGCAAGUCUCUUGAUGAGGCUACCGACAAGCUCUCCACUGAGAUCUCUUCCGCCAUCCACAACAAGCUUCAAGACGAAGAUGUUUUCGUCCACGACUUUGUCGACAAAGAUGCACCCAGCAGUGAUGAGCCCAUUUCCAUCUUUGGUAGAACCGGUGGCGAUUUCACAGACCACACCACAUACGAACUCAUCGCUAAGAGCAACUACACAAAGAAGUUCUUCAAGCUCGUCAAGGAACACGAAAGCUUUGGAAAGCUGCUAAACAGCACCGAUAAGAACUAUACUCUCUUUGUACCUAUCGACGAGGCUUUUGAGCAUAUCCCUCAUGACGACAAGCACAAGCCCAGCGAUGAGUUCGUCCAAGAUGUUCUCAACUACCAUCUCGGCAUUGGAGAAUAUCCCGCAUCGAGAAUUCUCUUCACCCAUACCGUUCCUACCACUCUUAAGGAGAAGCUUCUAGGUGACAAGCCCCAGCGUCUCCGAACAAGUGUUGGAUUUUCAGGUGUGCGCGUCAAUCUUUACAGCAAGGUCAUCGCCGUCAACUUUAAAACUAAGAAUGGCAUCAUCCACGCUGUCAACAGAAUUCUCGUCCCUCCUCCCUACAUCGGCAAAGAAAUCAGCCUUUUCCCCGCCCAAUUCUCAACACUGCUUCUCGCCUAUGAUAAGACCGAGUUUGUCAAGUACAUCCACAACGUCCCUAUGAUUGGCAGCACCGUCUUUGCCCCAUCAAACGAAGCCUGGUCGCGUCUCGGCCCACGCGCCAACGCCUUUCUCUUCAACACCGAGACCGGCAAGAAGUACCUCCGCGCGCUGCUCAAGUACCAGAUCGUGCCCAACAUCACACUCUACAGCGACGAGAUCUACUACAGCGACGAGAAGCAGACUCUCAAGAAGAAGGGUCUUGGCCAUGGAGGUGACUUCCACAUUGAGCUGCCUACGCUGCUGGAGAGGGGCGUUGGUGUUGAUGUGCACACUUUCAAGAGCUGGACUACCAUUGUGCUGAAUGGGCACAAUGUUAUUGGCUUCAACGAUGCCGUUGGUAAGAAUGGUGUUAUUCACGUUCCCAAGACUAUUCCUAUUCCUCCUCAUAGAAGGGGCGAGCAUCCUUCUGAGGUUGAUGGUGAGAUCAGUGUUGAGGAGCUUAAGGAGAGACUGCAGGAUUAUGUGGAGGAGGAUGAUUCCGAGUCUGAUUGGCAGGAUGGAGAGCUUUAAUGUGUCUCGUAGGACAAAAACCCGAAGUACUGAGAAUGUUUCUUUGUACGGUAACAAAUCAUACUCUCGUUAUUGCUAUUGGUUAGAAACGA